AUGGCUGAAGAACGACUAAUCAUAUCCUGGCGAGACUUUCCAAGCACGUCACUCAAUUCGAUGAACAAACAAAAGUCAACCGAGCCGAUCCGACUAAAGCCGAUUCUGUUGCCAUCGCCGCCUCGACUGCCCACCACUAAUCAGACUACGCCAAGCAGCCAUUUAAUGAAAUCCUCAUCGCCACGUUAUUGCCCAUACGCGAAACCGGGUACAUCUUCGCCGAUCUCGCUACCGUCUAUCAAUACCGUACUCCCGCCAUCGUCACCGUAUUCCACGCCGGUCUCACCCGCUUCUUCGAAUUACUGUACAUUUUCACCCGAAUCGGGCACGGUUACACCACUUUCACAACCACUCUUCAUACAAACUGAUGAUUCCUAUUGGUACGGUAGCUCGGCACCUUAUCCCUAUGACGUGUGCAAAUUCGGUUCACCGCCUAUAAUCUCCAUUCCAUAUCCGUAUUCACAAUUACCAAAUGGGCAGGUUUUCUCAUCUUGUUACUAA